UGAUAACACAACCCGCACAGACAGGGACCCCGCCGCAAAAUCCUCUCCUCGCCCCUGCUCUUGCCCCGCCGCCGCGGCUUCUUGGGUUAGCGCCUCCAGUCCUCUCUGCUCCAUCCUCCCACCAUGGCAGAGACGAAGACGCCGCCGCAGCUGGAGCUCUUUAACUCGAUGACGAAGAAGAAGGAGCCCUUCCAGCCCCGGGUGGAGGGCAAGGUCGGCAUGUACGUCUGCGGCGUCACGCCCUACGACUUCAGCCACGUCGGCCAUGCCCGCGCCUACGUCGCCUUCGAUGUGCUCUACAGGUACCUUAAAUUCUUGGGGUAUGAAGUUGAAUAUGUGCGGAAUUUCACUGAUAUUGAUGAUAAGAUUAUUAGGCGGGCAAAUGAAGCUGGCGAAACAGUUACAAGUUUGAGUAGUCGGUUUAUCAAUGAGUUCCUUCUUGAUAUGGCUAAGCUCCAGUGCUUACCUCCUACUUGCGAGCCACGUGUCACAGAGCACAUUGAGCAUAUUAUAGAGUUGAUAACCAAGAUAAUGGAGAAUGGGAAAGCCUAUGCUAUGGAAGGGGAUGUUUACUUUUCAGUUGAUAGUUUUCCCGAAUAUCUCCGUUUAUCUGGAAGGAAGUUAGAUCAUAAUCUUGCAGGUGUCCGAGUUGCUGUCGAUACGAGAAAGCGUAAUCCUGCAGAUUUUGCUUUAUGGAAGGCUGCUAAGGAGGGUGAGCCCUUUUGGGAAAGUCCUUGGGGCCGGGGAAGGCCUGGAUGGCAUAUUGAAUGCAGCGCAAUGAGUGCUCACUAUUUAGGACAUGUGUUUGAUAUUCACGGUGGAGGGAAAGAUUUGAUUUUUCCUCACCAUGAGAAUGAACUUGCACAAAGCCGAGCAGCUUAUCCAGAGAGUGAGGUGAAGUGCUGGAUGCACAAUGGCUUUGUUAACAAGGAUGAUCAGAAAAUGUCAAAAUCAGACAAUAACUUCUUCACAAUCAGAGAUAUUAUUGCUCUAUACCAUCCAAUGGCGUUAAGAUUUUUCCUGAUGCGCACACAUUAUAGAUCCGAUGUGAAUCACUCUGAUAAUGCAAUUGAGAUUGCAUCAGAUCGUGUGUACUACAUUUAUCAGACUUUAUAUGACUGUGAGGAAGUGUUGUCUAAAUAUCGUGAAGAGGUUAUCUCUGUCCCGGUCCCAGCCGAGGAGCAAAAUGUGAUUGACAGGCACCAUUCAGCUUUCUUGGAAUAUAUGUCAGAUGAUCUCAAAACUACAGACGUUCUGGAUGGCUUCAUGGACCCGCUGAAGGCCAUAAACAGCAAUUUGAAUGAUUUGAAGAAGCUGCAGCAAAAACUAGAACAGCAAAAGAAGAAGCAGCAGCAGCAGAAGAAGCAGCAACAAAAGCAACAGCAACCACAAAAACAGCCAGAAGAUCAUAUUCAAGCUUUGAUCGCACUGGAGACAGAAACUAAAAAUAAACUAUCUAUACUCGGUCUGAUGCCACUAUCACCUUUGGCAGAGGUACUGAAGCAAUUGAAGGACAAAGCAUUAAAGCGAGCAGGAUAUACUGAAGAACAGUUGCAAGAGCAGAUUGAGCAGAGAACUGCCGCAAGGAAGAACAAGCAGUUUGAGGUAUCUGACGGAAUCAGGAAAAAGCUUGCCACUUUGGGCAUUGCUCUGAUGGAUGAACCUACUGGUACAGUAUGGAGACCAUGCGAACCAGAGCAGUCUGAAGUCGGUGAAACAAGUGACGGUGUAAGCUGAAAUAACAUUUGCAGGAGCAUAGCUGUUGCAGCUAUGUAUAACUGUAGAUUAACACGGCACCAUUUUUGGAUGUGGUAUUCGGGGUUCCAAAUUCACUGGCCAGUAGAAACUUGUGUUCCUGGUUAUGUAAGAAGCAAGCCCCCCCCCCCUUCCAUCCCGAUAUACAGGACUCCUUGCGCAAGUUGUGUUCUUGAUUUAAAUAUGAAAUUCGUUACAUCCAUUUGAAUGAACAGAAUGAUUAGUUGGCACUA